GGAAAGAGUGAAUUAUAUAAAUACUGCUGCCUACCGGACGGGAAAUAUGCGUCAAUUUAACUUGUAAGAACUUUUCUGAACCAGCGGGAGCUGCUGUUCAAUUCGGCCAUCACUGAAGAACAAAAUGUCUGAAGCAAAUCACCGUUUUUAAGAUUUCCUGAAGACAAGUUACUAACUUUCAGUAACGGUUAACGUUAAAACACAUCCAGGCAAAUGUGUUUUUUCAGAAGGUUUGGUUUGGUUUGGCGGAGGAAACAGAAAAUCGUGUUCCUUUUUACAGACUUAAGGAAAGUAAAGGACUUUAAAUACAGCCGAAAACACCUGCCUGUCAUCCUGCUGUAACCUGAUAUUUAAUGGACAGAAAGUCAAGACAAAUCACAGAGCCGGUCCGUCGUGACGUCACAUCGCUUCCGGUCUCCACCCGUAUUCAGCAGCCAUGAUGCAGGAAGGGCUGGACGACGGACCUGACUUUCUCUCCGAGGAGGACCGAGGGCCGCGGGCGGUGAACGUGGAUCUUCAGACUGACGCCACGCUGCAGGUGGACAUCUCCGACGCUCUGAGUGAGAGAGACAAGGUCAAGUUCACCGUGCACACCAAGAGCACGCUCCCUAACUUCAAGCAGAACGAGUUCUCGGUGGUCCGCCAGCAUGAGGAGUUCAUCUGGCUGCACGACUCCUUCGUGGAGAACGAGGAGUAUGCAGGAUACAUUAUCCCCCCUGCCCCCCCCAGACCGGACUUCGAUGCGUCCCGAGAGAAGCUGCAGAAGCUAGGGGAGGGAGAGGGCUCCAUGACCAAGGAGGAGUUCACCAAGAUGAAGCAGGAGCUGGAGGCAGAGUACCUGGCCAUCUUUAAGAAGACGGUGGCCAUGCACGAAGUGUUCCUGUGUCGAGUGGCAGCGCAUCCCGUCCUCCGCAAAGACCUCAACUUCCACGUCUUCCUGGAGUACAACCAGGACCUGAGUGUCAGGGGGAAGAACAAGAAGGAGAAGCUGGAGGACUUCUUUAAGAACGUGGUGAAGUCAGCAGACGGCGUUCUGGUGGCCGGAGUGAAGCAGGACGUGGACGACUUCUUUGAGCACGAGAAGACGUUCCUGCUGGAGUACCACAACCGAGUGAAGGACGCCUCGGCCAAAUCCGACAGGAUGAUCCGCUCACACAAAAACGCUGCAGACGACAUCAACAGAAUCGCCUCCUCUCUCUACACGUUAGGAACGCAGGACUCCACCGACCUCUGCAAGUUCUUCCUCAAAGUGUCGGAGCUGUUUGAGAAGACCAGGAAAAUCGAGUCUCGCGUUGCAGCUGAUGAAGACCUGAAACUGGCCGACCUGCUGAAGUACUACUUGAGGGAGUCGCAGGCUGCUAAGGACCUGCUGUACCGGAGGAGCCGGGCUCUGGUGGAUUAUGAGAACGCUAACAAGGCUCUGGAUAAAGCCCGGGCCAAGAACAGAGACGUCCUGCAGGCCGAGACCAGCCAGCAGCUCUGCUGCCACAAGUUCGAGAAGAUCUCAGAAUCCGCCAAGCAGGAGCUAAUAGACUUCAAGACGAGGCGAGUGUCAGCGUUCAGGAAGAACCUGGUGGAGCUGGCUGAGCUGGAGCUCAAACACGCUAAGGGGAACCUCCAGCUGCUGCAGAGCUGUAUGGGCAUCCUGAAGGGAAACGCCUAACUGCCCCCCCACUCCAUCAGGACACGCUCCCUCCACACGCCCUGCCCACCAUCAGCUGAGUCAGGGCAGCGCCACAGAAUUGUGGAGCAGAGAGAGGGAACAGGAAGUCCCCCUCCUCCUCCUCUUCCUCAGAGGGAGGUCUCUCUGCACAGUUUUGACAACAAGGGUUCAUCAGUGUAAAUAAAGUCACAUGACAUCCACCGGUUACACCCAGGUAAACAGCUUCCUGUAGUGAGGUGAAGCAGCUCCACUGCAGGCUGUUAGCUCUUAUUAGCCAGCUACGCUAAUCCUGUUAGCAAAGCCACGACAUCAAUUUGUUCGCCUUCUCUGUUGUUGUUUUGCUAAUGUUAAGGUGCUAACAACGUUAGCUCAUCAGCACUGUGUGAGGGUAUCUUGCUGUCCCCUGGUGUGACGGGUGGAGGCCUCGGCGGUCCUCAGAGGAGCCGGGAGGUUUUAUGUUUUUAUUCAGACCGUCUCAUCCCCUCUGUCGCUCAGACACUAACCCCCUGCUCAGCGUUUUAAACUCUGUAAAUUAUAACUAACUACUUUUGAUGUCAUGUCUCUCUGGUUCCACUGCUUUAAAAAUAAGAUGUUUUCCAUGGAUUUAAAAAUAAAUACAUGUAUUUAAAUAAGA